AUGGCUUCGAGCCUUCCUAUUCCAGCACCCCCGAGGACACCCACUCCUCCAACUCCUAUUCCACAAGAGCAAGGCAGAUAUACAUGGGAACACCAAGAUGUCACUUCACGAACCGUGCACUCGGAGAUACUUUUGGAUCCCAAUGCUCUCUCACCUACAUUCUCAAACUCAGGUAGAUUUGGUUCAAUGGGAACCCCAAUGUCUCCUCCUUCGGGCUUCUCAAGUCCCAACCUUCAACCAGACGGAAUGAUGAGUGUACCACCUGCCAGAGGAGCUGCGAAUCCUUUUAACUUUCAGACUCAAACUAUAAAAGAUGCGCCAGUUGCCAAAUCGGUAUGCGAAUCGGAGGGUCAUAGAUAUAAACACAGUAGUGUCUCAACUCAACAUCAAAUCUUCCUCGAACCACCUCCUCGAGCACCCCUCGCACUCCCCGCCUCUCUCCCCAUACCCACCUUCAAAGAAGCAUGGAAAAGCAUGUCCAAAGAACAAACUACGCGAAUAACCUGGUGUCUCUGCCACGCUUUAAUAUCUGCCUUCGUCCUCUAUAGCGCCCAAGGUUCUCUCGCCCUUACCGCACUAUCCCAUCUUAUAUUUUUCGAUGCCGUAUCUGCCACAAUUUGUGUCGUGGUGGAUGUAUUCUGCAAUUUCGAAGUAUGGAAACGAUCUUCUAUCCGUCAUCCAUUCGGGCUCGAACGCGCAGAAGUGUUAGCGGGGUUCGCCAUGUCGGUUUUCCUGCUCUUUAUGGGUUUUGACCUUAUAUCUCACAACCUAAAACAUGUUCUGGAAGGAUUAGGCGACCAUUCCCCUCAUCACCCUCAUUCCCAUCAACGAGUUAGUCCCGGCUCGGUUGAUACCGCCGCUUUACUCUCAAUAGUAGCGACUCUCGUCUCAGCAAUUGGGCUUAAGAACCACGCACGAAUAGGAAAAGCAAUGCGUUUCGCCUAUAUAUCAUUUCUCCCUUCCGUUCUCUCAAAUCCUUCGCAUUUCCUAACUCUGAGUUGCAGCACCAUCAUGCUUCUCCUUCCUCUCUUAACCAUCUCUCUCUAUAUCUGGCUCGACCGUCUUCUCUGCACCGUCAUCGCGGUCUCCAUGUUCCUUCUCGGUGUCCGUCUAGCUACCGCUCAGGGACUCAUGCUUUUGAUGUCCUACUCUGGUGCUGGAGUUUCAGAAGUUAUGAAGGAAAUUGAGUCCGAACCCACAGUUUCCACAGUUGAAGAAGCGAGAUUUUGGCAAGUACAUUAUGGAUUGUGUAUGGCAAAUCUCAAAUUAAGAGUCAGGGGCGAUGAAGGAAAUGUAUUGAAAUUAAGAGAGAAGAUCAAGACAUUAAUUAGAAAUAGACUUGGGGGUGGAUAUGGACAAGGUGGAGGGAUGAAAUGGGAAGUAACGACGCAAUUGGUUGUUGAUGGUAAAUGA